AUGUCCGAGAAGAUACAGGAGGAGAUUUUAGGGCUAAUAAGCAAGUCCAAUUUCAAACAGUGCUAUGCAAGACUGGGACAAUUGCAAAAGCAAUUUCCCAACGCGUUGUACUUUAAGGUUCUGGAAACUUAUGUUAAGUUUAAGCAGUCACCUGGCAAAUUUGAUUACGAUAAGCUGCUAGAUGAGCCGUACGGGCUCAAGGGAACAAAGAUUACGGGUGACACGCGUACCUUGGAGUUUUUGCACAACUUCUUUGUAGAGCUGGGGAAGUACGACGAAGCAUUGCACGUGUAUGAAAGGGGGAAUUUCAAAUUCCCCGGUUACGAAUUGUCGUACCAUUGGUUUAUGAGGGCGUUGAAAGACUCGAAUUAUAACCAAAUGAGCAAAGCAUCCCUACAGUUGGCUAAGUACAGUGACGGUGGGAACCUGCCUAAAAGAGCGUAUUAUUUUUGGAAUGCAAUCUCAAUUUUGGCCGUAACAAGGUUCCAGAAAAGCACUCUUUCAGAGCCUAAGAAAGUCGUGCUCUCCAAGCUGGCACGCCAAUCUUUGUUAGACUUGAAGCCCUUCCAAAAUGUUCAAGAGAUCAUCGUUUAUUGUUUGGUAUUGGAUGAACUGUUUCCUCAAUCCAGAGAAAUCUCGGAAGAGAUUGUUGCGAUAACCUUUGUCAAUUUCGAUACUUCAGUAAACUUGUAUUUGAAAAACUUUAUCUUGAAGCACGCCAAGUUAUUAGAUUCUCCACAAAAACUUUUUGAAGUUUGUUCAAAACUUAUCGAAAAGGGCCUUGAUGAUUAUGAAUUGAUCAUAAACUUGAUUGACGCUGCCCAGAGACUUUCCAAACCUCAAGAAGAAGUACAAAACUGGAUUGAUAAAAAUUUGGGCGACUCAAGAAAUACUCGAUUGGCGCGCUUGCAGCUCGAUAUAGUGUACACGGAUUCUGUUUCUGAAUCAUCUUUGUCGUACUAUUUAUCAAAGUACCAUAACAAACCUUGCUGUUCAAUCGAUUUGAAUCAUUACACCGGCCACAUAAACAUAGAUAUGCUUAAAAACGUUAUGGCGAAGUACGAUCCAGAGGAUAAAGAUUUGAUUCAUCAUUGUAAUAUUCUGGAAUUAAGACUUAUUGAAAGCGACUCAAUUAAUAACUAUAAUAAGUUUAAGGGAACUUUGGAAAAAAAAUCGGUAACUGAUUAUUCCUCCUGUUCUACAUUCUUAUUAGAAAUGAUCAAGGAUAAAUGUAAGGAAACAAAUCCCGAAUUGAAGGAUAUACUUUUGUGUAUAACAAUAUUGGAAAAUUACCAAGCCCAGGAUCCUCAUAACUUCGACACUAUGUGCUGGCUGAUUGUCUUAUACAUGUAUUUGGGUUUGGUCCCCGAUGCUCAUUUCUAUUUUUUGAACCUAAAGAUCAAAAAUGUUCAAACGGAUUCUAUGGAUUACAUGAUAUUCACAAGGUUUUCUACAUUAUUUCCGAAUAAACAGAGCGAUUUUUAUUCCAAGACUUUCCAAGAACAUAAUAAUUUAUACGAUAUAUCCCUGGCUAAUUUACCAAGUUAUAUUCAGGUAGCAUUCGAAAGAAGUUCAUAUAGCAAAAUAUUAGGCAUGUUCGAGAUGAGGGAUAAACUAAUGAAAUCUUAUACAAGAUGGAUCAAAACUUUAGAAAACUUACAGUUCUCACGUUUAUGCAACGACAAACGCGGCAAUCUAUUACAAAAAUUACACGAAGAUUGGAGAUCAUUAGAAAUGACACAAAACAUAUCCUUUUCCGACAACAGAGAUUUUUCCAUACUAGAUAAAGAUUUUGCUCAACUUCUCAAUCGCGGUAAAAUUCUGGAAUAUGCUAAUUUGAAUGAAGAAUCGAUUUUGCUAGCUUUGAUAAGAGAACUCAUUAUUGAAGCUUUGCCAAGCGGUGAGAAAACGGCGCAAAUAAGUGCGCUUUUAGAAAAACUUCCAUCAAAUAACCUCCAAGAACUGUUGAAUAAUAAUUUGACUGAAGUUGAGUCAACGUCAUUUCUAAUUUUUUUCGGAAUUUACGAAAAUGACGGUAAAGAGCUAUAUGAUUUAAUUUCUAAGUUGAUGGAAAUCCCAAUAGACGCAAAACAAAACUGGAAGAUAUCCCAUACUUACCUUACUAAAAUGGCAACUUUAAAAACACUAGACGGUUUAAAGAGAGUCAAAGAUAGGGAAAUUCAAAAACUGAUCAAAAACUCCCUCAAGGAGUUGAGGGGUUGUUGCGAUGAUAUAUUUAAAGAGUAUUCUAAUGCUUUAGUUCAAGCAUAUGAAGAAUUACAAAAAGGUGAAUAUAGUAAAUUGUUAAAAGAACUUGAUUUUAAGGCUGAAAAUGUCAAGAACAUUAAAAAUGCAUUACUAAGCAUCCAAAAGAAUAUAAGAAAUUUAUGA